CUAUUAAGCCGUCCCUGAAGCGCAUAAGCUUCGUUGACCGUAGACGGGCGAUAUAGUCUGCAGCGUUCAUUUACAAAAUGGCCGAUCACAGGGAAAGGGAUUCGUAUUAUUCGCAAACGGAUUUACGAUCUAAAAAUGAUGAUCCACCGAAUUCACGUUUAUUUGUUAUAUGUCACAAAAGUUUGGAAGAAGAUGAUCUCAGGAAGGCGUUUGAAAAAUUUGGAAAAAUUGAAGAUAUCUGGGUAGUUAAAGAUCGGAGUACAGGUGAAAAUAAAGGUGUUACGUACAUUAAAUUUUCAAAAACAUCAGAAGCAGCUUUUGCUCUUGAAGAAAUGAAUGGAAAAAUGUUAGGAUCCGUAGGAAGACCUAUUAAACCGUGACCAAGGUUCUGUAAGGGAAACAAAUGAAGAAGAAAGAUGGGUUCGUCUUUUUUGUGUGUUACCUAAGUCAAUGACUGACAAUGAACU